CACGGCCGGUGUGGGAACGGGUUGCGACUGAUCCAGUUGGUCAAGGGCAGGUUCAACAUGGUGCAUAUGGGCAAGAAGGAUUCCGGAGUGCUCCACAGCCAAGUACUGGUAUGCCAGUACCGUUCGGAUCGAUGGAGCAGCAUCAGUACCAGGUGCAGGAGCAGCAAACCACCCGUGCUGGACAAUGGACCCUACCACAGAGACAGCUACACCAUCCACCAAUACCCCAGCCGCUAUCGCCGUCUACGAGUCCUUCCGUGCUGUUUGGCACAGCUCCUCCACCUGCUCCAACAACCUCCUGGUCCGCGCCAGUACCUUCCGCCCGUACGCCAUUUGCCGGCUCCGGUCCUGAUCCGCAUCAACCGUUCCAUACUUGUGCGCAUUCUUUGAACGAACCUCGACCUACGGCACCGUUAACGCAUAUUGCUCCUCCUCGUCCAUCACAACAUCCCCAGCCCGCUUUGUCUUUCCAGCAUCAGCAUCAACAAGGACUCGUUCGGCAACAGCAGCAGCCACCACAGAUACCCCAAUCAUCCCAGCAACAGCAACAAAGACAAAUGACAGGCCAGAGAGGUGGCUUACCGGGUGCGAGUCUGCCUGUUCCCGGACAACAGCAAGUCAUGGUUGCAGCCAAGAGUCACGUAGUUAGUGCUUGUGUGAAUUGCAAGAAGGCGCAUUUGGCAUGUGAUGUCAAUCGCCCAUGCAAGCGCUGCGUGAGUCUGGGAAAAGCGGAUACAUGCGUCGAUUCAACACACAAAAAGCGCGGACGACCACGGCUAAAAGGAACGGUGAGCGAACAAGAAGUACCUCGUCCGUACACUGGUACACGUUUGGGUUCUCAGGGAGGACCAAAUGCUGUGGCUAUCGGCGCAGUGGCACCAUUUCCGCCUGGAUUCAAUGUGCCGCCUCAAUACGGUGUUCCGCAACCAACUUUCGCGCAUCCGGAUCAACAGAAUGUUACCUAUAUGCCUCCGAGAACGCUCGCACCACAGCCAUCGGUUACCCUCGAUCCUUAUCAACAACUUCCGCCGACAAUCGUCGCGACUUGGGAUUUAAGAUGCUUCCGGGUGCACGAGAGUGUGCGGAUGAUUCUAGGUCAUGAGCCAGGUUCUAUUGUUGACAGGAACGUUCUUGAGAUGGUUUACGUGCAAGAUCGGGAGCGGUUCCAUGCCAUCGUGCAAAGACUACUACGGCAACCAACCCAGCAACAUUUUACAGAUGAAUUCAGGUAUAUGGACUUGAAUGGGCACUUCGUUCAACUGGUCACAGACGUUACUGUUUCAUUUGGUCCAGGCAAUGCAGGACAUGGUGGGGAGCCUUUUGUUUCGAUCGCUCUUAUGCCGCCUCGGCCUAUGUCGUCGCCAGGUCCGUCGACGGCUCGUCCCCCACAGUUUACGACGACUCAAGUUCCAAGGCAGCUGCCACGUGAACAUCCUUUCUACGGCAAGCAUCAGCAAUGGGAUCAGCCUUACGUUCAGCAAAGUGUACCGGUACCUCCUCCAUCAGUCCCACAGCCUACCUUCGUUCAACCACCGGCCCCCGCAUAUGGUCAUGGUAGAGCGAUGUCUGGCAUCUCGCCUGCUCUGCAGCCGACAGAUCCUGGCUUUGGCGUGGAACCUCUGAUGCCAGCACAGGCGAGACCGGCUGUGGAGGGAUGGACUAGGCCCACUCACGCUACACCCAUGGAAAGCACAAGCGGGGUAUGGAUUCCUCCUUACAGUGUACAGCCACCGCCGGCAUCUUCUCCGGCACUCCCCGCCAUAUCACCUCGCGCACUCCCUGAACAUCGACCAGAUCAGCCACAGCCCCUCUCAAUGGGUCACGCAAUGUUGAUGGAUACGAGUGCGGUCGAACACCAACGGGAGUUAGGCCCGGGAUCGGAACAAAUUGCAGAAGGAUCGGAAGGACCGUUGGUCGUGACUGAAGAAUCAGAAAGCUCGAACAUAUCUGGACACAUAGACGAAGCGGACGUGGAACAAGAAGGCGAAGAGAGUGAUGCGCGGAGGACUGGCAUGAAGGUGCAUGAUUUGUUGGGGUGAGGACGUACUUUGACUUUUAAUCAUGACCGGCGCACAAGCUUCAACAGCAGCAACGCAUUUAGGGAGUUCUUGACUUAAUUUUAUGGAUAUGGCCAUGGCCAUGGGCGUUUUAUUACAUUACAUAGCAAAGCAUAGGUAGUAUACUGUCGUUUCAACCCAUGAGGCAAAACACACGCGUACACGAAUACGGAGUUCUCAAUCAAUG